CAUUCCUUCAGUUUUCCAGUGCUCGAUCGCUGCGGGCACAAUAACGCACUUCAGAUGGCAGUUUGGACAUGAGGCGGUACGAGGCGCACUGACCGCGCACUGUUUGUAAAAUGAACUGCUGCAAAUGUCCAAAAUACACAGGUUUACCAUGUCGUAUAGCUACAGAAGAGUGAGUCACUCACUGGAAUAAGCAUACUGACUGAUUUAUGCCCUGUGACUACGGACAACUACAAUGGAUAUCACUGUGGACCCCCUUUCAACAUCUGUUCUUUACGACGAGGAAGAUGGAAACGAAACCUCCACCAAUCUGUUCGAGCAGCCGGACUGGCAGGUGGCACUAUGGGCGAUUGCAUACUCUUUGAUCGUAAUUGUGUCCAUCAUUGGCAAUGUCACUGUUAUUUGGAUAAUUCUGGCACAUAAACGCAUGAGGACAGUGACCAACUACUUCAUUGUAAACCUCGCCUUUUCUGAUGCAUCUAUGGCAACUUUUAACACUGUCUUCAAUUUCGUGUACGCUUUGCACAAUGACUGGUAUUUCGGUUUAGGAUACUGUAAAUUUCAAAACUUCUUCCCAAUAACAGCAAUGUUCUCAAGCAUUUAUUCAAUGGCGGCUAUUGCUGUUGACAGAUAUAUGGCUAUAAUCCAUCCCCUGACGCCCAGGCUCUCCUCCACUACUACUAAAGUUCUGAUCGGGAUCAUCUGGACUGUGGCUUUUUCACUGGCCUUCCCUCAGUGUUAUUACGCCAGCACCAAGUUCUACUUCCCUCGGACUGUCUGUAUGGUGGAAUGGCCUGAUGAUUAUGGAGGGAAACAUCAGCUCUCAUAUCAGAUUGCUGUGAUUAUCCUGAUCUACUUGCUCCCUCUGCUGGUGAUGUUGGUGACCUACAGCCUGGUGGGACAGAGGCUGUGGGGCAGUGAGAUCCCUGGAGAAGCAUCAGACCACUACCAGAACCAGAUGCAGGCGAAACGGAAGGUUGUGAAGAUGAUGAUAGUGGUGGUGACAACCUUUGCAAUAUGUUGGCUCCCCUACCACAUCUACUUCAUUCUGGGAAGCUUCAACAGGGACAUAUACAAGCAGCACUACAUCCAGCAGGUCUAUUUGGCCAUCUUCUGGUUGGCCAUGAGUUCCACUAUGUACAACCCCAUCAUCUACUGCUGUCUAAACCAAAGAUUCCGCUCAGGUUUCCGCAAAGCGUUCCAGUGGUGCCCCUUUAUCAAGAUUUCUGAGGAGGACAACAUGGAACUGCAGCACAUGAGGACCUUCCACAUGAGACGCAGUUAUCGCACCGAGACCACCAGCAUGGUGGUCCGAAAUCAUGCCAGUGAACCAGAAGACAACACAUCCAAACUAAUCAAAGCUUGAGUCGACCAUAUUUCAGUGAUGGGUAAACAGAGAGGGAAAAACACUAUUGUUGGCUAUUCUUAAAAUCAAGCACGCCCACACUUUGCACUUAAUACCUCACACUGUGCUCUAUGGUGGAUUCAGUGGGCUUUACAAGCGGAGAAUUCCUCUAUUCCUAUGGGUAUGGCAUAAGCACCAAGCCUUAUUUGUUUCUGUGUUGCUGCUUAAAGUACUAGUCCUACAUAUAGAUCAGUGUGUUCUGUAUAUACUGUACACACUACUGUUCAAAAGUUUGUGGUUAGUAAGAUUAAAGAAAUGAAUACUUUAAUUCAGAAACGAUGCAGUAAAAGUAACAAUACAGAUAUAAAAUGUUACAAAAGAAUCCAUAAAAUGUAUCCUGGUUUCCAUAAAAAUGACAAGCAGCACAACUGAUGUCAACAUUGAAAUGUUUCUUGAGCAGCAAAUCAGCAUGUUAAAAUGAAUUCUAUAGGAUCAUGUGCCAGUAAUGAUGCUAAAAAUUCUGCGUAGCCCUCAUAGGAACACAUUUAAUUUGAAUAUAUAUUAAAAUAGAAAACAGUUAUUUUAAAUUGUAAUAAUAUUUCACCAAAUUACCAUUUUAUUGUAUUUUGAUCAAACAAAUGCAGUCUUGAUUUUUAUCAAAAACUUGGUUUCUCUAAAAAUAUUACAGACCCAAAACUUUUGAACGGCAGUGUACUUGUUGUUUUAUACAAACCUCUAUAGAAACAUUAAUGUUUUAGACUUUACAUAUUGGUUGAAUGUCAAGUGGUGCCUGUAAAAUCAACAAAACAGAAAAUCAACAUUAAAUUGGUCAGUGCAUCUGUACCAGGUCAAGGGUAUGGAUUGCUUGAGAUAUACCGUCAAGUGUAAACAGGAUGAUGACUGUUGUCUUAAAUUGACAUGGUGGAAAAAGAGAGACAAAAUGAGGAGGGAAAGAUGUGUUGCAUAUAUAUAUAUAUAGUGGUUGAAG